AUGAGCGUUCUCGAGCGCCGUCGUCCCGCCCCUGCAUCUGAUAAUGAGGGAACCCAAGUAGAUGAGCAGGAUUACUUCCCUCAGCGCCGGGUGACCACGCAGCAGCUGUUCAAAGGCCUUUCCUGGCUCGACCGCCUGUUGUCGGUGCUCAUUUUGGUCGCCAUGGUGAUCGGUGUCGUGAUUGGCAAAUUUGUCCCCAACACCAAAGCCAUCCUCUCCGGCGCGACGCUGGAUGGUGUCUCCAUCCCCAUCGUUGUCGGUCUCCUUGUCAUGAUGUGGCCCAUCCUCACCAAGGUGCAGUACGAGCGCUUUAGGUAUAUUUUCGCCACGUCGCAUAUCUGGAAGCACCUUGCUAUUUCCCUUGUUCUCAAUUGGCUAAUUGCACCGUUCCUCAUGCUGGGCCUCGCGUGGGCCACUCUUCCCGACCAGCCGACUUACCGUACCGGUGUUAUCAUGGUUGGUCUGGCCCGCUGCAUUGCCAUGGUGAUGAUCUGGAACCACCUCGCUCGCGGCGACAUUAACUACUGCGCCAUCCUCGUCAUCGUGAACAGUGUUCUCCAAAUCGCCCUCUACUCGCCGAUGAGCCUCUUCUUUGUCAACAUCAUCUCCAAGGAAGACGCCCUCCGCCUCGAGUAUGGCAAGACCGCCAUUGCCGUGCUCAUCUACCUCGGGAUCCCGCUUGCUGCGGGAGUAGUCACGCGUUUUGUCAUGAUGGGUCUGCUCGGCAAGAAGCGCUUCGAGGGCGUAUUCCUCCCGUGGUUCGGCCCGCUCUCUCUCAUCGGCCUUCUCUACACCAUUAUCGUCAUCUGUGCCGAGCAAGCGACCCGCAUCCUCGACAACAUCGGCCUCGUCUUCCGCACCUUUGUUCCCCUCACCCUUUACUUUGUGCUCAUGUGGGUGGGCACGUUUGCCCUCUGCUUCUAUCUCAACCACAAGCGCGGCGCCGCCAAGGGGUAUUCGUACGAGACAGCCGUAGUGCAGGCCUUUACGGCGGCUAGCAACAAUUUUGAGCUCGCCAUCGCCGUGUGCGUCGCUGUGUACGGCGUUGACUCGGACCAGGCGCUCGCGGCGACUAUCGGGCCUCUCGUUGAGGUCCCCGUUCUCCUGAUUCUCACCCACGUCGCGCUGCGUUUGAAGACCUCACUCAACUGGGACGUCACGGAGGAGGUUGAUCUCGAGAUGGAGCCACUGCCUGCUGUUCCGGCACCCGCUGCCAACCCGCCGCCCAAGUUAUCCGAUGACAAGCAAAAGUAG